UUUCACAACCUUAUACAUUGUCUGAUCCAGAAUUUACCUUUAUCAAAAAGUUCUUAGAAAAAAGAGAACAGCAACUAUCACGAAAUGAUUUAUUAGUAAUGGAUGCAAUGGCAGAAAAAACUACAAAAGAUGUGGCUACAGGUAAGAAAUUCGAGGGCUACUACUAUGUUUUUAAUCCACAGUGUUUUAGGAAUUCUUUCGAUGAGGUAGUAGUAGACUUUUUCGAUCUAGUUAAAUCUACAGUUAAAGAAUAUGCUAUAGUGGUU